CCCCCCAGUCUUCCCCAUCACCUCUCACCUCUCGACCAUGUUGUCAUGUGUCCACUGGCUGCAGCCUCUCCUUGCCUUGCUCUCCUCCUCCUUGGUGUCUUGUGGACAUAGCUGCCCGCCCAGCUGCCUGUGUCCAGACCACCACACCGUGGACUGCACGGGCCAAGGGCUCACCCGUUUGCCUGACUCCAUCCCCCUGGACAUCCGCAGGCUGCUUCUGUCCGAUAACUGGAUUCCCUGGAUCCCCUCCGAUUUCCUCGUGCUCUACAGCGACCUGGUCUACUUGGACCUGAGGAACAACUCCCUCUCCAGAGUGGAGCCCGGGACGCUGAGCACCUCGUCCAGGCUCGUCUUCCUGGACCUGGGCAGCAAUAACUUGACAGAGAUUCCCUCCGGCACCUUCAGGGACUCACGCAGCCUGAUCAAGCUGCGGCUGGGAAACAACCCUUACCUGAGCAUGGUCAGCAUGGACGCCUUCUUGGGCCUGACCUCCCUGCGGGAGCUGGAGCUGGACCGGAACGCCCUGUCGGGGCUGGACGUUGAGGUUCUGAGCCAGCUGCCCUCGCUGCGGGUGCUCCGCUUGGAGGGCAACCCCUGGGUUUGCAACUGUAACUUUGCCAAACUCUUCCUAUGGCUCCUGGAGAACCAGCACAAGCUCCCCACUGGGAUGGAGGGGAUGGAAUGCUCCCUGCCGGUGGACGGGCGCCAGCUGCCUCUCAGUAUGCUCUCGGAGGACAGUUUCCGGGAGUGCCGUGGGAUCCUCACUCUCACAGACUAUCUCAUCGUCAUCUUCUCUGGGAUCUGCGUCUCGGUGGCGGCCAUCAUGGCCAGCUUCUUCCUGGCCUGCACCCUCACUUGUAUCCAGCGCUGGAGCAAGUUCACCAAUAAGGACGACGUGGACGAGUGAGGAGAGGAGAGAGAGAGAGAGAGAGAGAGAGAGAGAGAGAGAGA